AUGUCUCAAAAAUUCACACCCGCUGAAGUGGCUGCCCACAAAACUGCCGAUGAGGGCCUCUACAUCAUCAUCGACAACAAUGUUUUCGAUGUAACCAAGUUUGUCGACGAACACCCCGGCGGUGCAAAGAUCCUCAAGCGUGUAGCUGGCAAGGAUGCCUCGAAGCAGUUCUGGAAGUACCACAACGAAUCUGUGCUGAAGAAGUACUCGCCCAAACUGAAGAUCGGCGAAGUCAAGGAUGCCGCGAAGCUGUGA